AUGAAUUCACCUAUAAUAAUUCAUCUUGAACGUGAAGCAACAGAUCGACCAUGGGGUUUUCGUCUUCAAGGUGGUAGUGAUUUUUCUAUCCCAUUGUCGAUCCAGCUGGUUAAUCCGGAUACGCCUGCUCAUGCAUAUGGUUUAAACGCUGGUGAUCAGGUUAUCUCAAUUAAUGGGCGAGAUGUAACUCAUGUGAGCCAUCAAGANACUGGCUUUCGUAGUGUUAAACCACCUGAAGAAGUCCCUCCUGAUCAACAGCGACGACCUUAUCAUACAGAGUAUCAAGUUGAACAUGUUCAAGAGAAAUGGAUGGAACCAAAAUUUAAGUAA